AUGUCGGUUGAUCUCUCUUGCCGCAAUGCCACCGUCGCCUUGGACACAAGUGCGUAUAGGCUGAAGACAAUAUCAGGGUCUGGCAGGACUGUUCGGGUGGACGGGCCGGGCUUCCGGGUUGGUGACGGGGUUGGUGAUUGCGUAGGUUUGGGACGCCGAUUGCAAAGGCAAAACAGGGGCCAGGUGAUGAAGGGACUUCACGUGGAAGACGACAUCCUUCUGCCCGUUGCUUGUCGUCUUACUAACUCACUGUUGCCAGUCUUCAAUUGUAUCAAAGCCGGCUUGCCAUAUUGA